AUGAAAACUACAACAGUUCAUCGGGAUAAAACGCUUUCUGUAGAUGGUUCAUUUAGUAAAGAGACUCUAGCAGGAAGUGCACAGGAGCUCACAGCAACCAUUGAGGAUGUGGAGAUGAGAGGCAAUGGGGAUGAAAAUAUGGUUGAAUCCCACCAAUUGCAAGAAUCGAUAGUUCAAUAUCAGGAUAUCGUGUCUCCAAAUAUUGUUUCAGUUGCUGGAACUACUAUUACUGAAGAAGUGUUUGGGAGGGUUGAUUUGGAAAGUGGCCCAUCAGAUCAAGCAGAUAGCAAUGCGGUGGAUGUUCUGGUGGCUAAAGGCAAUGAGUCUCUUGGCAGAGACAAUUACGCUACUACUUCAAAUCCUGAGAAGAGCAUGGGAGUUGCAUUUGAAACGGGCAACGAUUCAGAUGCGGGUUCAUUUCCUGAUAUUGUGGAUGUAGAUCCAGAGUCUGAUUUUGAAUGA